AUGCCGCCGCCUCCCCUGUUUGUGUCGUUGGCGGGGAGGCUGCGCCAGUGGCUGGGCCGGCAGUCUCGGGCCUUGGGUGAGAAGCCUCAGUUUCCCCAAGCGUCGUGUCUCAGGCACUUUGGGGUGCUCUCCCGCCUCCCCCGGACGCCCCGCCGGAGCAUGUGGAACAGCUGGGCCACGCUCCUGCAGAUGGGCCGCCGCCCCUCCGCCAUGCUGCCCGGGGGGACCUCCAAGUGCACGCCGUCCCCGGAGGCGCCCACGCUGCCGGGCACCACGGCGUCCCACGGCGACCUGGCCAGCCUGUUCGAGUGCCCCGUGUGCUUCGACUACGCGCUGCCGCCCGCGCUGCAGUGCGCGAGCGGCCACCUGGUGUGCAGCAGCUGCCGCCCCAAGCUCACCCGCUGCCCCACCUGCCGGGGCCCCCUGGGCUCCAUCCGCAACCCGGCCAUGGAGAAGGUGGCCAGCUCCGUCCUCUUCCCCUGCAAGCACGUCGGGUCCGGGUGCGAGAGGGCGCUGUCGCCCACGCAGAAGGCGGGCCACGAGGAGCUGUGCGCGUCCGGCCGGUUCGCCUGCCCGUGCCCCGGCGCCGCCUGCGGCUGGCAGGGCUCUCUGGACGCCGUGCUGCCCCACCUGGCGCAGCAGCACGCGUCCAUCACCGCCCUGCAAGGCGAGGACAUCGUCUUCCUGGCCACGGACAUCCACCUGCCCGGGGCCGCGGACUGGGUCAUGAUGCAGGCCUGCUUCGGCUCCCACUUCCUGCUGGUCCUCAAGAAGCAGGAGAAGUGCGACGGCCGCCAGCAGUUCUUCGCCAUCGUGCAGCUCCUGGGGACGCGCGCGCAGGCCGACAAGUUCGCCUAUCGGCUGGAGCUCCAUGGCCACAGGCGGCGGAUGACCUGGGAGGACACGCCCCGGUCGAUCCACGAGGGGAUCGCAGCAGCCCUCCUGAGUAGUGACUGUCUCAUCUUCGACACCAGGGUAGCCCACCUUUUUGCAGAAAAUGGCAACCUAGGCAUCCAUGUGACCAUUUCCCUACGCUGA